UAUACCAACAGCUACAAGCGCGAGUUAACUAACCCGGAAGUGACUUCGAACACGCGAGUCAGGCUAUAACGUUGCUGUUGCGAAGGCACCAGUUGAGAUAAGCCCUAUAAUAAUCAGGAAAUCUGACGGCCCAUCAAACAUGAGUCUGUUAACAAAGCCCAAAUCGGAGAUGACCCCCGAAGAGCUCCAGAAACGUGAGGAGGAAGAGUUCAACACCGGGCCACUGUCAGUGCUCACCCAGUCGGUGAAGAACAACACUCAGGUCCUCAUCAACUGUCGCAACAACAAGAAGCUGCUUGGAAGAGUCAAAGCGUUUGACAGGCAUUGUAACAUGGUCCUGGAGAACGUGAAAGAGAUGUGGACAGAGGUUCCCAAAAGCGGGAAGGGAAAGAAGAAGUCAAAGCCCGUCAAUAAGGACCGCUACAUUUCUAAAAUGUUCCUCCGAGGGGACUCUGUGAUCGUUGUCCUGAGAAAUCCUCUCAUCACAGGAAAAUGAACUUAAAGGGCUCCACCUGUAUCACUUGUAAUGUUCCUGAAAGUUUUGAAGGCAUGGGCUUGUUGUACGUUCACCUUUUUGUUUUUACUUUUGAUUUUGGAUUAUUGCUUGACACACUGUCAACAUAAUGUUUCCACUCUUACGAUGUGUCUCAAGAGGUUAAGCACAGCAGAUGCUGACUUUUUUUGAGUUGUCUUUUUCAUUUUGAUAAUAAAAAUGAACUGAAAUGUU